GUUUCAUUCUGCACUUUGAAGAUAUUACAGGUAGGAACGGAUCAUUUGCGCGCAAAAAUGGACAUCAAUGGGAACCAGACUCUGAGUAAUGUCCUGGGUUGGAUAUCCAUCGCCUGCUGGCUUGUGGUUUAUACUCCUCAGAUAAUCGAAAACUACCAACUCAAGUCUGGCGAAGGCUUGAGUGUAUUAUUUAUCAUCAUAUGGCUACUAGGAGAUCUCUGCAACCUUGUCGGAGCAGCAUUAGCUCAUCUGCUCCCAACUAUUAUCGUCCUCGCAGUAUAUUACUUAGUCUGCGAUACGAUCCUCCUGACGCAAAUCUACUACUACCGUUGGCUGAAACAAUGGACUUCAUCGCAGACCCCCCUCCUCGUGGCAGAUGAUACCGUCGCCUCGGAUCCGCUCGAAGGCGCCCCUCUGCUGGCUCGUGCGGAUGAUGAUGCAGAGGAACGGGCCAAGCCUCCUAUUGUCCACGAGUUCGUCAAAUACGCAGGCGCGUUGUUCUUCGUAUUCGCAGUGGGGGGAGCAGCAUGGGCUGUGGACAGCUACAUUCACAAGGGCCGGAGUCGGUCUAAGCCUGAAGAGCUUGUUGAGUGGAGAAGCCAGGUUCUAGGAUGGAUAAGUGCCGUAAUGUACCUUGGUGCACGGGUACCGCAGAUUGCAAAAAAUUUCAAGACGCGAUGUGAAGGGCUCUCUCCCUUCCUGUUUGUGUAUUCGAUCACAGGCAACACGACCUAUGUCUUGGCCAUCUUUGCAGCGUCAAUGGAUAUGAAGCAUCUCAUCGCGAAUGCCUCAUGGAUCGCCGGAAGUGCUUUGACUAUCUUUUUAGACACCUUUGUACUGUGCCAGUUUGUUUACUACACGAGAUUCCAUGCAGCGGAGUCGUAGAGCAUGGUCAAUCUAGAUAAGAACUAUGAGCGUAGUCUUAGCUUUCCAUAAAAGCGAUUCCGGAGCUUGAGCAGAUGGGGUAAGGGCCGAAACCCUUUGCAAUCAAGCGGAGAGGGAGUGCGUUCUGAUUGUGCAAAACUUGUGUCAUAGCCGGGACCGCGUUCG